AUUGGUUGGACGGCAUCAUCCUUUAUCCUUUUGCCCUCAACGAAAUUUCGAAAAAUGUUGACCAAACACAACCAUCCUUUUCAAGGCAAACAAAAGCAACCCAGUGCAGAGAAAACCAAACAUAACAAUCACGAUGAACACGGAACAGAAGGAACACUUGUCCCGAUGAAGGACAUCACCCUGGCUUGCGACCGGGUGGGCUGUGGCAUGUUGCAUUUUACAACGUGGUUUGGUUUGGCUAGGGUUGUUGUUUGCUAAUCGAGGGCAAAAAGAUUUCAAUGCGGUUUGGUCUGUGCGGUACGGAGUGGGCAAAACUACGGGUUAAUCCGUCGUCGAAACGAUAUGUUUCAUCAGGGUUCGACUGCAUGUAUGCCGACUUUGAACCAAUCGGUUUCGUAUUGUGAUUUCUCGAUGUACUUCCUCCUAUUCUACUCCCCUUACCAGCAAAACACGAUACAUCAGAUGUUACACAUACAAAACAGACAAUAAGCCAACUGUAGAUAC